CAAUUAGUCAUCAAACAAAAUUUACGCAAAUUUGUAAAAAAUAUUUUACAAAGAAUUAACAAAUUCUUUAAUUUUUACGCUACGUUGCGAAAAGCUUACUUAAACAAUGAAUCGACUUUUUGGACGUGGAAAACCCAAAGAACCUGGUCCAAGUCUAAAUGACUGCAUUUCAGGCGUGGAUGCUCGGGCUGCCAACAUUGAGGAGAAGAUUGCGAAGCUGGAAACAGAGCUGCGAAAAUAUCGCGAGCAGAUGAGCAAAAUGCGCGAGUCACCAGCUAAAAAUUCAGUAAAACAAAGGGCGCUGCGUGUGCUUAAACAAAAGAAGGCCUAUGAACAACAAGCCGAAUCUCUGCGCAAUCAAUCCUUCAACAUGGAACAGGCAAACUAUGCGGCACAGUCUCUCAAGGAUACUCAGGCCACAGUGGCUGCCAUGAAGGAUGGCGUCAAGCAAAUGAAAACGGAAUACAAAAAGAUCAACAUUGAUCAAAUUGAAGACAUGCAGGACGACAUGGCCGAUAUGCUGGAGCAGGCCGAUGAGGUGCAGGAGGCAAUGGGACGCACCUAUGGAAUGCCCGAUGUGGAUGACGAUGAUUUGCAGGCCGAACUUGAUGCCUUGGGCGAUGAGAUCGCCUUGGACGAUGAUACCAGCUAUUUAGAUGACGUUACUAAGGCGCCUGAAGCGCCUGACAGAGAGCCAGGUGCCGACAGCAUCGUACCUGGAAAGCAGAGCACCAUUGAAACGGAUGAGUUUGGAUUGCCCAAAGUACCGACCUCCUUGAAGACUACAUAGAUAACAUCUGUCCAGCUUCUCACUUCAAAGGUUUAUCUUAUCUAAGAAAAAAAGCCACAAUGUCAGCUUGGAGUGUUUCCAUACAGUUAAAAUAACAAAGUUUAAGUUUUUACCAAUUGUAAGCAUUUUUUAUGUUUGAUACCAAUAGCAUGCCUGCGCAUAUUAAAAGGAUUCGUACACUUAU